AUGGACUCAAGCGAACAGCGGCUCGAGCCCGUGACUGUUGCGCCUGAGGCGGUUCACGACAUGGAGCGCAAAGGAGCUGGACACGUCGAACUGCGCGAGCAGGGUCGUCCUGAUCCCAACUCGGAUUUCGUCGAGCUGCCUCCCGACGUCAAGAAACGGCUGAUGUGGAAGGUCGACUUGCGGACGAUCCCCAUGCUCGUCUCCCUCUAUCUCCUAGCGUUUUUGGAUCGGUCAAACAUCGCCAAUGCCAAAAUCGAGGGAAUGCUGGAAGACCUUCACAUGGCUGGAAAUCAGUACAACGUGGCCUUGUCCCUGUUCUUUGUCACCUACAUCAUUUUCGAGGUUCCUAGCAAUGCCGUCCUGGAAAAGUACUUUGCCUUUCGUCCGUCAUGGUGGAUUGGGGGACUCACAAUGGCAUGGGGAGUUAUGAUGACUCUUCACGGCGUGGUCAACAACUAUGGCGGACUCCUGGCAGUGCGACUCGUCAUGGGCGCCCUCGAGGCUGGCUUCUUCCCCGGCGCGGUCCUGCUUCUCAACAAGUGGUACACGAAGUUCGAACUGUCGGCGCGGCUGGCCAUCUUCUACGCCGGGGCCGCCAUCGCUGGGGCCUUCUCCGGGCUCCUCGCCUACGCGCUGGUCAAGAUGGACGGCCUGGCCGGCGUCGCGGGGUGGCGGUGGAUCUUUAUCAUCGAGGGCAUCGUGACCGUCGCUGUCGGCGUCCUGGUGCCCUUCCUGCUAGCCGACACACCCGAGAAGCACUGCAGCUGGCUCACCGAGGACGAGCAGCGCUAUCUCACCGCGCGCCUGGUGUCCCAAGACGGUGGUCAGCACGUCCACUCCAAGGGCCGCAACUUCAGCUGGGCCGUCUUCUGGUCCGUCAUCGGCGACUGGCAGCUCUAUGUCAUGGCCGUGGUGGCCUGGUCCGAGUCCAUCCCGGGUUACGGCUUGAAGUUCACCAUGCCCCAGAUCAUCAAAAAUAUGGGCUACACCUCCAGCAAUGCUCAAUUGAUGACGAUUCCCCCUUAUUUUUGUGGCGCCAUCAGUGCUUAUGUAUUUGGUCGCUUGUCCGACAGAUUCAAGCGGCGAUCAUAUUUCCUGGUUAUCCCGCUGGUCUGCCAAAUUGUCGCGUACAGCAUCCUGGCUGCCCUAUCCACUUCGAUUAAGCACCAUAUCGGCGCUUGCUUCUUUGCCGUCAUCCUCGCCGCCGUUGGCAGCUAUCCCCUGACGCCCGGGAAUGCCACGUGGAUGUCCAACAACCUGGCCGGCCCGUCCAAGAGGGCCAUUGGGCUGGCCUACCUCUUCACCUUGAACAACUGCGGUUCCGUCGGCGGGUCCUACAUCUAUCAGUCCUCCGAGGCGCCCUCGUACCCGACGGGGUUCGGCUGUUCGCUGGCCUUCUCCGUUGCCGGGAUCGGCGCGGUGAUCGUUCUGGACGUCGUCUAUGCCCGGAUCAACAAAGAAAAGGAGCGGCUGACUGAAGAGGAGGUCCGAGACAUGUACACCGACGAAGACCUAGCAAAGAUGGGAGACCGGUCGCCGCUGUUCAAAUACACGCUGUGA